GGGUGGAGAGAUGGAGAGCUGUGUGAAAGGACACUCGCCAGUCAUUCACUUUUGUUAAGCAAAGCAGCAGCAGGGAGCAUAAAUGAGUUACUUACAAAAAAGAGAAGUGCAGACAGUCGAGAUGACUGCAAUCGAGAGCAAAGAGGAGAUCAGCGACACCGACAGUGGGAUCAUCGUCCACUCUGGCCCAGAAAGCCCCAGCAGCCCGGGGAAGGACUUGAUCACACACACCCGAGCACUGAAGCUGAAGCACCAGUCUCUGGAGGAGCGCCUGGAGCUCUGCCUCCUGGAGCUCAGGACGCUCUGCAUCAGGGAGGCAGAGCUGACCGGUAAACUGCCCUCAGACUAUCCUCUGAUGCCCGAUGAGAAGCUUCCUCAGGUCAGAAGGAGGAUUGGAGCUUGCUUUAAACUUGACGAAGAUCUAAUUCAUCUGGAUAAACAGGAUUCGGAGCUCCAGGUGCUGGAAACGGACUUGGCUCUUCAGCGGCAGAUUUACGAGGCGGCUCGCAAACUGUCCCUGGAGGGCAACCUCAGCAAACCACAGAAGAAGAGCCGGCUGCAGCAGUGCAAGAGGGAGGAGAAGAAGGUGAAGGACCUGCAGGAGGCUGUGUUCCAGAUCAGGAUCAACAGCGAGUGCAACUCACCUCGCGUGAGCGUCUCACACAAACAAAACAAAGAUCUGUGCAUGUCUGAUGACAGCUCCCUGUCUGAUGUGGUUGCCCUGGAUGAUGAUGCCGGCUCGCCCAGCCCUCUCUCUCCUCCUGUGCUGGCCACUUCCUGUUCAGAACCCAUCCAGCUGUCAGCCACAACCCUACAGCAGACAUCCAGUCGGCCCAGUGUGCAGAGUCGGCGCGCUCCCAUCCAGAACUCUCCAUGGAAAGAGUCCUGUCUGGAUCAGCCGUACCAGAGGUCCACAAAACCACAGUCUAGCUGUAGCAGCAGGUCCAGCAGUCCAGCAGGAACCCAGAUGUCAGGUGACAGCAUCAUUCCUCUGUCUCAGUUUAUAAAAAAUACGGCCCUGCGUCAGAACAACUCCACCAGCGCCCCGUCUACGCCCGAGCUGCACGUACGCCGACAGGGCUCCCAAUCCUUCAGGCUUCCUAAAACCAAACCCCCCGCGGACAAGGAGAACAAUCGGGGGGGCGCCAAGCCUCCCCAGCGGCGCUACCUGGCCGACUUCGUGGCGCGCUCUCCGGAGUACUCCCCGUUGCGCCCUUACCAGUCCAGCUCGGAGGACAGCAGCUCGGAGCACUCGUCCUCCUCCUACAUUAGCUCUCUGGGCGGGGACGGACCCCCCGAGAUCCCAAAGCCCUGCCCGCCGCCUUACGGAUUCCACUUUGGAGCCCAAAAGAAAGGGCCCUCCAGCUUCGCCGGCUCGCAGGAGAACGCCAACCGGCCUCAGGUCAGGCCCGUCCACGUUAGGGCGAAUGUGGAAGACGUGGGCAUGGGACGGUGCUUCCUGUCCCCUCCCACUAUGGCACACGGCCCCCAGCAAAGGCAGUGGCAGGGGGGGGCGUCGUCCACGAGGAGAGUCCCGAAGGCCCCUCCGCCUUACACCAGGCUGGUGCGAACGCCGUCUCUGAACGAGUACCCGAACCACGCCGUCAUGCUGAUGCCCAGGGACAUCGUUUCGGAGGAGCUGAAGUCGUGGCAUCAGAGGAAUCAGCUGCAGAAGCUGAGGCCGAGCGGCGAGGAUCAGCAGAGCCCCGCGGCGGCUCACCUGCCUGCGUUCAAACAGGGUUCAGGUGAUGUGAUUCUUCAGAGAGCUGCAGACGGGACCCCAGUCCAGUGGUUCGUUGCAGAGGACGCUGAGAUCGUGAGCCAGGUGUAGCUCGGACCUCUGCGCCUCCUCCUCCUCUUCUUCCUCCUCCUCCGCAUGCUCAGUUGGAUGUGUGGUAUCCAGCUCUAUUUAUUAAGUUUGUGGACUCUCUGUGAGAUUGUAUUUUGACAUGACGGGGAAAACGUAUCCCUAAUGGGACUCCACUGAGCACACUUCUCUCCUCUUUCUAUUUAAAACUUAAUGUAAGUUUAAUUUAUUUUAAAUUGCCUUCUAAUCAAUGCUUCUAAAAGUUCUGAUGUGAAUUGAGAUCAAGACUAAACCGAUUUAAAACUCCGAUGCGGAAAUUCCUUGUGUCUGGCACACAUUUUGCACAUAAAAUUCAUCUACAGUAGUUUUUGACAAAAUAUCCCCAUUCCUAAUAUAAUUUGUUAUAUUUAUAUUUUAAUGAGUUUCCCUCUUUGCAACAUAAAUACCUGAGAAGAUGCUGGACCAAAAAGCAUAUAAAUAUACAUAUUUAUGUAGAUCAAAAUAAAAUCUAGCCAUCAAGUGAAGUGAGCUAAUUCCUAACGUUUGCAAUUAACUCUUAAUAAUGAAUCACUGAUGCCUUGAACAGUAGUUUGAGGGAUGUGUUUACUUCAGUGUGGUGUUUUUCUUACUAACAAAGUGAUUUUACCAGUUGUGAUGUUUUCUAUAUUUAUAAUAAAGAAAUACAGCCAAAAAAUUGGAAGUUUGU